AAUGCAACCGGAGGCAGAGUUCUAGUUUCUUCUACAUUCGGCCUCGGAUACCCAAAGGGAGGGUGGGGCCCGGAAGGGGCGGUAGUGGAAAAAUGUGGGGUGGGCGGAGCGCCGAAAUAGAAAGUGGCGGUUUAGCCGUUGUUACUUAACUCUGUUUUACUUUUGGGUCUGGGAUCCCGAUGGCGGUUCCGGGCCUGCAGCAGCGUUCCCUGACCAAAAGCGGGAUUCAGGCGCCGCCGCCUGGUCGGGCUGUCUUAUGUCCCCGGCCUUCCGGAUGCCGCCAUCCUCCUGUCUUAACUCAACACUCUGCUGUCUUUGCCCGCGUCCAGGAACCACGGAUGGCUCAAAAGCCUGCACCGACCAGAAAGUCUCGAUGUGCCCCCUGGGUGGAACAAACUUUUGAGAAGAAUCGGGCCCUGCUGGCAGUACUGGCUGAGAGAAGUGAGGCAGUGGCGCCUAUUGGGGCUUGGGUGGAGUGUCCUUCACCGUGUGGUGAGGAAGCCCCAGCAUCUGUUUCAGCAUCUCAGUUAGAAGAAGAAUUUAAGGAACAACAAAGAUUAAAAGAAGAAGCUCUGAAACGCUUUCAGGAACAAGUGAAGAACAGAGUUAAUCAGCAAGUGAGACUAAGAAAAAAGCAGCAGCUUCAGAAAUCCUUUGAAGCAGUAGAAAAAGAAAGCACUGUAGCCAUGCAGUCUUCCAGUUUAGCUCCACACUUGACUCCUAAAGGAAGGGCAAACAUUUUUCAAAGCAAUUUGAAAAGUGCCAUCCGAAGUUUUGAUUCCAACUUACCUAUCCAGACUCUUGGUGAUAUUGAAAAGAAGGAAGAAGAUGAAAAUGGAGCAUUUCAACAGCAGGCCCUGGCUCUCAGCCAAACUUUGAAGCAAGCCCGUCAACAACUGGCUUCCAGAAAAACCAUAGAUGGAGAGAAGCCAUUAGGAUUUUCAGAAGAUAGCAUGGAGAGCAGCCCUACCCAAGAGAUUGCACUCCUCAGGCAGCCAACAUCUCUUAGGACAGGCGAGAGAGGAAGAAAGGACUCUCCUCUAAAAGACCAUCCAGAUCAGCUACUUCCAGCCCAGGCCUCCAUCAGAGAUCAGGCAGAGCAGAAAGAAGAAGAGAGGGAGCAGCAGAAAAAAACAUGCAUUAGACAACUAUCAGCUGUUAGUGCAAAUGGUAAGAGGAUAGAAAAACCCCUUCCUUACCAUAUUUCAGGCAAGAUACAGGCCCAGGAGACUGCAGAGAAUACAAAUUUUGGGCAGCUGGUGACUGUUAGUGCAGAUGGUAAGGAGACAGAAAAGCUUCUUCCUUAUCAUCUUCCAGACAAGGUACAGGCCCAGGAGACUGCAGAGAAACCAUAUUUUGGGCAGCUAUUAGCUGCUGGUUCAGAUGACGAAGAGACAGAAAAGUCCCUUCCUUAUCAUAUUCUAGGCAACAUACAGGCCCAGGAAACUGCAGAGAUAUUCACUGUGGAUACUACUAGUGAAGGAAGGAGUAAAACAUUCCCUGUGGAAUCCUACAGAGAACAAGGGGUACCCUAUGCUGAUGUUAGAGAGGAGAAAAAAAAACCACAUUUUGGGCUAGAGCUAUCGGCUGUUGGUGCAGAUGGUAAAGAGACAGAAAGACCCCUUCCUUACUAUAUUCCAGGCAACAUACAGUCCCAGGAAACUGCAGAAAAAUCAUAUUUUGGGCAGCCAUUGACUGUUGGUACAAAUGGUAAAAGGUCAGAGAAGCCUCUUCCUUACCAUAUUCCAGGCAAGGUACAGACCCAGGAAACUGAAGAGAAACCAUUUUUUGGGCAGCUAUCGACUGUUGGUGCAGAUGGUAAAGGGACAGAAAAGCCAUUUCCUUACCACAUUCCAGGCAAGGUGCAGUUUCAGGAAACUGCAGAGAAACCAUAUUUUGGGCAGCUAUCUAUUGUUGGUGCAGAUGGUAAAGGGACAGAAAAGCCAUUUCCUUACCAUAUUCCAGGCAAGGUGCAGGCCCAGGAAACUGCAGAGAAACCAUAUUUUGGGCAGCUAUCUACUGUUGGUGCAGAUGGUAAAGGGACAGAAAAGCCAUUUCCUUACCAUAUUCCAGGCAAGGUGCAGGCCCAGGAAACUGCAGAGCUAUCGACUGUUGGUGCAAAUAGUAAAGGGACCAAAAAGUCCCUUCCUUACUAUAUUCCAGGCAACAUACAGGCCCAGGAAACUAUAGAGAAUACAAAUUUUGGGCAGCCAUCAGCUGUUAGUGCAGAUGUUAAAGGGACAGAAAAGCCCCUUCCUUACCAUAUUCCAGGCAAGGUUCAAGUCCAGGAAACUGCAGAGAAACCAUAUUUUGGUCAGCUAUUGACUGUUGGUACAAAUAGUAAAGGGACAAAAAAGCCCCUUCCUUCCCAUAUUCCAGGCAAGGUGCAGGCCUGGGAAACUGCAGAGAAACCAUAUUUUGGUCAGCUAUCAGCUGCUGAUGCAGAUGGUAAAGGGACAGAAAAGCCCCUUCCUUACCAUAUUUCAGGCAAGAUUCAGGCCCAGGAGACUGCAGAGAAACCACAUUUUGGGCAGCUAUCAGCUGUUGGUGCAGAUGGUAAAGGGACAGAAAAGCCCCUUUCCUACCAUAUUCAAGGCAAGAUACAGGCCCAGGAAACUGCAGAGGUUUAUGGUGGUCCUCAGUCAGGAUCAAGAAGUGAAUUCCAAAAUUUGCCUUUAUUUGAAUGUGGAAUAGACCAAGAAGAAGAUAAGAAAGCGCGUCAAAAGCAAUACUUAAGAUACAGACGACUUUUCAUGGAUAUUGAGAGGCAACAAGUAAAAGAACUAGAAAGACAAAGAAAAUUUAGGAAGAAAAUUGAAAGAGUUAAGAAAUGGAAAGAGCAACAGCGUUGCAUUGAGGAGCAAAAGAUCCUGAGAAAGACCUGCCAGGAAGACCUGGAUUCUGGGGUGAAGACAUGUGAGAUAUCAGCUGAUUCAAAACUGGAGGAUAAGAAAGGAGCUAUUAAAAAACAUCAGAGAAGCAGAGAAUGUAUCAGAUACAUAGAAGCUUUAAGAGCCCAGAUACAGGAGAAAAUGCGGUUGUAUAAUAUUGAUUUACCUCCAUUGUGCUGCUGUGGUCCUGAUUUCUGGGAUGCUCAUCCUGAUACCUGUGCUAAUAAUUGUAUCUUCUAUAAAAACCAUCAAGCCUAUACUCAAGCACUACAUUCUGUCAUCUCAUCUUGUGAAAUUUCUGAAAAUAACUCAUCGAUGCGACUUGCCAUCCACAAUUUUGCAUCUGCACGCAGACGGAAUUGGAAGAUUCAGUAGCAGUAAGAAGUUGGCAUCAGACUUCAUUCAGUUCUUCAGAGGGUAUUUGGAUUCAGCCGAUCAGGUGUAUGAUUUUAGGAAGUGGGAUUGCCCCAGGUAUCUACCAACUCUCUUGGAAGUUAGACCUUGACUCAUGAAUUAUACUGUGCCUUAGGGUCAAAUUUUCUUGUAUGUGUGAAUCACAUGGUUACUGUUUUUUUUAAAAGAUCAGCAAUCACACUGAGAUGGUACCUGACUGCUCUGCUGCUGAUCAAGAAGAGGUUUUGUGAGGACUUCUCUCUCAGAAGAUAAUUUUCAAUUAUCAUCUGUUCAGAAGUGGCUUUGUUUCAUUAUUUUGACCAAAGAUAAAAGUAGCUGAAUGGGACAGAUAUUCAAAUGAAUCUCCAAGUAUCAAUAGUCAUCUUUAUUAUUUUCUUUUCUACUUGUGCAUAAGAAUCUGAGAUGGGAGAUACUGGAUUUUGAAAUACAUUAUCACCUCAAAUAUCUUCUACACAAUGAAAAGCAGCUUAAAAUAUUACUUCUCCAAUUCCAUGACCUUGGAGAGUCUUUAUUUUCAUCUUUUCCCCUUUAGAAGGCUUAAGAAAAAGUAAGUAGUUCCUCUGUGUACUGAGAAUCCUUGUGCGAAAGAAAUAAUAUUUAGGAAAAUGAAACUAAACUUGAAAUAAAUCAAGCCUAUUCUUCUGUCCCCAUUUUGAAUCAAUUAAUGAAAUAAGUUUCCUUGCUGAGCAGAUAAAAUAAACGUUCCCAUCCAUGAAAUGAGUUUGGUUUGUCACGCCAGCUCCCUGACCUGUUUACAUCUGGUAGGUAAGUUAACCAUGCAGGUGCUAGUCAGCACCUAAUGAUGAAAUGUUUGAGCUGAUGUAUCUCAUAGAUGCUGAAACAACUAGUAAUGUGUGGCAGAAAAAGAUCUGUCAAGCUCUUCUUUCACUUCACCAUUUAUGUAACCAUUUGUUAAAAUGUCCAUAGCUCCAACCUUAAAGAAUUUUUCUGUUGACUUUUGUUUCUAAACAAUGUUUAUGCACCUUAUCUGUACAAAGCACCAAUUGUGAGAUGUUCUAUAUUAUCUUUCCUUCUUAACUCAAAUAACUGAACUACGUGAUCUAUAAAAUCUCCUGUUGCUGUAGAAGUCA